AUGGCUGCGGCUCAAGUAACUGUGGACACCUACCCCGCCUACACGAUGGCCGAGGGUCCCGUUCCCGUUCCGAACCCCAGCCUGAUGAACAAGGAGAUAAUGGAUACCUACGGCGGCGUAUCCGAUCUUCCAUCUUGGGACCAGUGGUGGGCCGCGGACAAAACUGCUUUCCCCAACCCGCCCCAGGUCCCCGGCGCUGAGAUUCCCUACAACCAGGACGAGCCGCAAUUGCAAGACUUCGUGCCCAACUACGCCAUGAACUACGCGGCCGUUAAGUACGGUUUUAUCCCGGCCCAACACUACCCGGACCCGUCACCGAUCUCCCAGCCCGUCCCUGGCGACUCGCCAGUGUCCCUCGGCUCCUCCGAGGACCGGCGUAGCUCUACGUCAUCGCACCCCGAACGGCGGAAACGAAAGCGCAACACCACCGAACGACCGGCCGCCCAGUCAUCUGGACGACGCUCUUCCAAGAAGCAGGAAACAAAGGCAGCACCAGAGGAGAUAGGCGAGACGUCAAAAACCAGCCGCAAGUCCCAGAAAACCGAGUCUGCCCUGAUAACCCCCCCGCCCGAGGAGGAAACUGAUGACUACAUCCACGGUGUCAAAGAGAGAAACCGCAUCGCGUCAAACAAGUUCCGCGUCAAGAAGAGAGAGGACGCCAAGAAGCUCAUAUCCGACGAGGAGGACAUGGAGCGCAUCAACCGCGACCUGUCGAGCUGCGUGGCAGACCUGAAGCUCGAGGUCUACAAGCUCAAGAUGCGGCUCCUACAACACACCGACUGCGACUGCUCUCUGAUCCAGAACUACAUCGCAAACGAGGCGCACCGUAUCUCAGACUUGGGACAGGAUCAGCAACCACCUUUGCACCACUAG